AUGCGGGAGUUCCUCAUCCCGAGCCUGCAGAAGGCGUUCCUGCCACAGCUGGAGGUGAUCUUCACGAUCAUGCUGGGGCUGGGCGAUGAGGAGCUACGUACCGUCAAGAAGGAGGACGUCGAGGAGAUCGUGCGGCACUUCGAGGCCAUCCUCAAGGAGUACGCCUACACCGAGACCUGGGAGAAGUCGGAGAGGUUCUGCCUGGCAUUUGCCCUCAAGUGCUUCCGCUCGACCAACCUCGAAAAGCGACUGCACGGCCUGUCCUACAUCGAGGAGGCCAUUUCGAUGACGCAGAGAAGGAAGUACCAGCAAUGGGACGACGGGAUGUCCUACACCGGCUACACCAACCCUACGUACAGAGCGCCUCAGGUGGCCAGGUGGAUGGACAGCAAGUACCUGCUGGCGUGGAUCCAGGAGAACCAAAUCAUCGAGCGCCUCUUCCAGUCCAAGCUGUCGGACAUGCACCCGGAGCUCAUCAAGCGGUCCAAGAAUCUGCUCAAGUUCAUGGCGAGCGAGAAAUUCCUGAAUCAGGGGCACCUGGAUAUGAUGUGGAAGGCCACCGCCACACAGCACGCCGAGCCGGCGGUCUACGAAGUGCUGGGCGCCAUUUCGAGCAAUCUCUCGCCCGAGCACCAGAACUACCUGCUCCAACUGAUCCACUCGAUCCCGUUUGCCGAGUAUUCCCCGCGCACGAUCAACCUCAUUGCACAGUUCCAAAAUACCUACAGCUCUUACCCCUCAUCCACCGAAAUCAAGCUGCGCACCAUGAAUCUCCUGUGGCAAAUUGUGCAAGACGAUUCCAAGGUGGAGCAGUCGAUCGCGGACGCGGCCUUGAGCCAACUCUGCAAGGUCGUCUCUGCGUACAACCUGCGAAUCCACCGCAACAUGCUCAUCCAGAUCUUCUGCGAUCACAUUCGCAACCGAGUGUCAGUGCACCAGUCCAUCGUGCUUCUUCAGAAAGUGCUCCAGGAGCACUAUCACGACGACAAAGAGAUGAGGACCAUAAAGGGCACCGAUAACUCGCGCCAGAAGGUGGUCAAUGAGCUGAAGUCCGAGGUGGGCCUGGUGGACCUGCUCUUCCGCGAACUGGCCCUCUACAAGCAGGCCUGCGUUCGUCGGAGAGCCGAGAUCCUGUCCACCGCCGCCGAAACUGGCGACGAGCGUCUGGCCGACGUCGAUUGGAACACCGCGGUGCUGGAGGGACGCUACCCGCACCUGAAGCAGGUGUCGACACGUCUCGACUUCAUCCGCUUCGUGUUCGACUAUUCGAUCGCUCGCCUGACCAAGGACAGGGCCGACAUCAUGUGGGAGUCCCUCGUACUCAACAGCAUGUCCCGCGAGGAAGUGGAAACCACCUUGGGCUGGUUCUACAGAAUAUGCUCGAGCUUCUCGAAGCAGAACUCCAACACCAUCACGGGCGUGAUGGUUGACAACUUCUUCGAGCACAGGCUGGGCAAGCUGGAUGUGGCCUCGCUCUCGGGAAUGGGAUUCGACUGCUUCCGACGCUACUUCUGCUGCCUCAACUCACAGCACAGGAGCCUUAGGAUGGAGGGACCCAUCGACGACUUCCUGGUGCUCCAGUUCGACGGACUUCUCGGCCUUGACCAGCUGUGGAAUGUGGCGCUGGGUUCGUCGGUGGAGGUGGUGUUCAAGGAAUCCAUGACCCUCCUCGUGGCUCUCUACCAGAAGGUUGAUGACACCAGACAGUUCAACGCUGUGCGCAAGUCGUUCGUGGACCGAUGCAUGGAGCGCCUGCAGCUGGCCCACCAGCAAAUCACCCUGGGUGAGAACGUGCCCAACGCCCAGAACCAAAUCGACAGGCUCAUCUUCAUGCUGAAGAACUUCCUCCAAGAAAGCAAGUUGAGAGACGAAAAGAAGAAAAAGGAAGGCGGGGCUGCCCCGGCUGCGGUGGGACCCAUGCCCAAGCUCGAGCCCGUCGUCGCCGCGCCUCCGCCCAAAAACGUUCCCCAAGUGCGGAAGGGCAAGGAGCAAGAUGUGGCCUUCUUGCAGGAGAUGAUUCCCGGACUCUCCACCGUCGCUGCGGUACUUGCGAUGGAAAAGAACUACUACAACAUGGAUCUCGCCCUGUCUGCGCUGAUGGAGGACAGCACCAAGGACAAGCUCAUGGCCGAGGCCGCCAAGUUCGAGACGGAGGCGGCGCAGGCCGAGGAAGUCGAGGCCCAAAUGGCGGCGGCCGUCGAGGCGGUGGAGGAAAUCCCUCCCAGCAAGUUCCUCUUCGACAAUCAGGCCUACUUCGAUCUGCUCUUUGAGCUCCUCAACCACGACAACAUCGACCGCGACCGCGUGUGGGAAAUCUUGAUGGAGCUCCCCACCAACCCGAUCAUCGAACAGACGCUCAAGACCCUGCGGUCGCCCAACUGGGAUGAGCUCAUCAACUCGCGCUCGCUCUACAAGAUGCUCUACUGCCUCCAGAUCAUCGAUCGUCUCAUGUCCUAUGGCGAGAAGGACACCGAGGCUCAAACGAAGGAGAAGUACGAGUGGUGCAAGCUCUUCUUCUACUGCGACGGGUUCCACCACAUUCUCAACCUGGUCCUGCACGACGACUUCCUCACGAGGAACCAGAGCAGCCGCGCCUUCAAGAGCUGCCUCCAGCUGCUGUUGAAGAUCAUCCACUUCUUCAUCCAAGGCAUGUCUUCGACCACCUAA